GACUCAUUCUUGAUAGAGUAUCGGCAGAUAGAACCAGAGCAAAGCUACCCUGUUCUGGAAGUGCUCGAUAUUCCCGAUCAGAAAAAUCUUGAAGUUUACCUAGGUAAUCUCAAUCCAGGACGGGAUUAUGCUGUGCAAGUGGUAGGAGUGAAGUCGGGAUUGAAAAGUCGGGCGUGGUCAACGACGAUUUCCACU